CCCUUAGAUGUCGCAUUCUUUCUCUUCAAUCUCAAGGCUUUGAACAAAAUCCAACUUCUUCAACGCUCUCUUUUAUUUGAACAACAAGCAAACUUGGUUUUAUUCAAGAAGAGAAAUGGUUGGUGGAAAAAUCAUUUAGUGGUGCCUUUCAUUCUUCCUUUGUGCUUGAAGAAAACAGUGAAUAAAUGAAAUGGUGUUCAAAAACAAGCUCUUCUUCUCUUCGAAGAAAUCGGAUUCUGACGGAUCAAACAGCCCUCGAUCUGCUUCCAAUUCCCCCAUCCGAUCCGACAAGAAGAAACCCAGAGCUUCUACUUCCCAACAGGCCUCCACUUCCACUUCCACUUCCCUUUUCUCUCCCGUUGCUUGCAAGCAAACUCAAGUAAAAGAUGGACCUAGAAGCAAGGACCUCAAACCCCGAACACCACCUUCUAAGCCCUCUUCUUCUUCUACCUCCAAGAAGCCCGAUGCCAAGGACAGGUCCUCCUCUGAGUCGCCCCUACUGGCCUCCUCCUUGGGUUUGAACCGGAUUAAAACCCGCUCUGGCCCCUUGCCGCAGGAGACAUUUUUCAGCUUCCGAGGUGAGAAAAGUGCAGUGGCUUCAGUGCUCGGAGCUAGUAACUUGUCUAGGCCUGGAGGUUCCAGUAGUGGUGGCGAUGGUAGUUCGUCGAAAUCAGGUUCUGGGAAGAAAGACGUAUUGACCAAGAGGUUAUUGCAAGGCAGUUUGCUUGAUAGUGUGAGCAAUUCGGAUAGUAUGUCGACUGGGAGUGGUGGUGGUUGGCACUCAAGAGAGCAGAGUCCUGGUGUGCAAGGGAAGUCACGGUUGCAGAACGGGGAACCAUCUUCAGGUGCUGGGCAAGACGAGUCAUCACUUGGGCACUCUGGAGGCUUAAAAAGUUCAGAUUUUUGUACACCAGAGAUUUCAUUUGAUUGUGAAAACCCAAAGGAAUCUGAAUCGCCCCGUUUUCAAGCUAUUCUCCGUGUUACAAGUGGUCCUCGGAAGAGGUUCCCUGCUGAUAUUAAGAGCUUUUCCCAUGAAUUAAAUUCCAAAGGUGUACGACCAUUUCCGCUUUGGAAACCUCGGCGCUUAAACAACUUGGAGGAAACCUUGGUUGCUAUUAGAGCAAAAUUUGACAAAGCAAAGGAGGAAGUGAACUCUGAUCUGGCUAUUUUUGCAGCAGAUCUUGUUGGAGUUCUAGAAAGAACUGCUGACAGUCAUCCUGAGUGGCAGGAAACUAUUGAGGAUUUGCUGGUUUUGGCUCGAAGCUGUGCUAUGACACCACCUGGUGAGUUUUGGCUUCAGUGUGAAGGCAUUGUUCAGGAGCUAGAUGAUAAGCGUCAAGAACUUCCUGCGUGUGUGCUGAAGCAGCUUUAUACCCGGAUGCUUUUCAUUCUCACAAGGUGUACAAGAUUGUUGCAGUUUCACAAAGAAAGUGGGUUGGCUGAGGAUGAACCUUUGGUACAACUUCGCCAAUCUAGAGUCCUGCAUCCUGUAGACAAUAGAAAAUUUUCGGGUGUUCUAAGAGAAGCAAAAAGUUUGGGUUCAUCAAAGGCAUCAAAAGCAGCCUCGUCUAAGAAAUCUUAUAGUCAGGAGCAACAUGCCUUGGAUUGGAGUAAGGACCACGUUGUCCUGCCAGGAGGUUCCGUUGCUCCCAUUGAUGACACACCAAAGAACUUGGAGUCUCCUGCGAGCAUAGACAAAAUAACUUCUUGGAAGAAACUCCCAACUCCUGCCAGAAAAGGUCCAAAGGAAGUUACUGCUAUUAAGGAGCAGCAUAAUAGCACAAGUGAAACUCUGAAAAGAACAGGGACGUCUGAUGUAGAUCUGACUUCUAUUAACCUUCAGGAGCUUCCUGCUGCAAAAGAAUCUGAAGGGCAGCCUUCUAAGCAUCAACACAAAGUUUCUCGGUUCUCGGGAGACCAACCGACUGCUUCUGAAGGAAGUUCUAUAAUAUGCCGCAUUUGUGAGGAGGAGGUUCCCACCUCAAAUGUGGAAGAUCACUCAAGAAUUUGUACCGCUGCUGAUCGAUGUGAUCAGAACGGCUUAAGUGUUGAUGAACGCCUUGUAAGAAUUGCUGAAACACUUGAGAAGAUGGCAGAUUCCUUUGCUAAUAAGGAUAUCCAACACUUAGGGAGCCCAGAUGUUGCAAAAGCAUCAAAUUCGAGUGUGACUGAAGAAUCUGAUGUUCUAUCUCCUAAACUAAGUGAUUGGUCAAGGAGAGGUUCAGAAGACAUGCUUGAUUGUUUCCCUGAAGCUGAUAAUUCAGUUUUUAUGGAUGACCUUAAGGGUUUACCUUCCAUGUCAUGUAAAACUCGCUUUGGUCCAAAGUCUGAUCAAGGAAUGACAACAUCGUCUGCAGGAAGCAUGACUCCUAGAUCUCCUUUAUCGACACCAAGAACUUGUCAGAUAGACUUGUUAUUGUCAGGCAAGGGUGCUUUCUCUGAGCAAGAGGAUCUUCCACAGAUGAAUGAACUUGCUGAUAUUGCCAGAUGCGUAGCAAAUACACCAUUGGUUGAUGAUCGAUCCAUGCCGUAUUUGCUAUCUUGUCUUGAUGACUUGAGAAAUGUCAUAGACCGCAGAAAAUUUAAUGCACUUACAGUAGAAACAUUUGGGGCACGCAUUGAGAAACUGAUCAGGGAGAAGUACUUGCAGCUUUGUGAGCUAGUCGAGGAUGAAAAAGUUGAUAUAACUAGUACUGUCAUUGAUGAGGAUGCUCCCUUAGAGGAUGAUGUGGUUCGUAGUUUGAGAACUAGCCCUAUUCUUUCAUCUAAAGACCGUACCUCCAUAGAUGACUUUGAGAUAAUAAAACCAAUUAGUCGUGGAGCAUUUGGACGUGUUUUCUUAGCUAAAAAGAGAACAACGGGGGAUCUUUUUGCCAUAAAGGUUCUAAAGAAGGCAGAUAUGAUUCGUAAGAAUGCAGUUGAAAGUAUAUUAGCAGAGCGUGAUAUUUUGAUUUCAGUCCGCAACCCAUUUGUGGUUCGAUUUUUCUAUUCAUUUACUUGCCGUGAGAACUUGUAUCUUGUGAUGGAGUAUUUAAAUGGAGGAGAUUUAUAUUCAUUGUUGAGAAAUUUAGGCUGCUUGGAUGAAGAGGUUGCUCGUGUGUACAUAGCAGAAGUAGUGCUUGCAUUGGAGUAUUUACAUUCUCAGCAUGUGGUUCAUCGGGAUCUGAAGCCUGAUAAUUUGUUGAUUGCACACGAUGGUCAUAUCAAGUUGACCGAUUUUGGGCUUUCAAAGGUUGGUCUCAUCAACAGCACUGAUGACUUAUCUGGUCCAGCAGUUAGUGGCACAUCUCUACUUGACGAUGAGCAGCCUCAGUUAUCUGCAUCUGACCACCAGCAAGAGAGGCGGAAGAAACGGUCUGCUGUUGGAACGCCUGACUAUUUGGCACCAGAGAUUCUUCUGGGAACAGGACAUGGUGCAACAGCGGAUUGGUGGUCUGUGGGUGUCAUUCUGUUUGAACUGAUUGUUGGCAUUCCACCCUUCAAUGCAGAGCAUCCGCAGACAAUAUUUGAUAAUAUUCUCAACCGUAAAAUACCUUGGCCAAGGGUGCCUGAAGAAAUGAGCCUAGAAGCACAAGAUCUAAUUGAUCGACUGUUGACAGAAGAUCCCCAUCAGAGACUUGGAGCCAGAGGAGCAUCGGAGGUGAAGCAGCAUGUAUUUUUCAAAGAUAUCAACUGGGACACUCUUGCAAGGCAAAAGGCUGCCUUUGUUCCUAGUUCGGAGAGUGCACUUGAUACUAGUUACUUUACUAGUCGCUACUCGUGGAAUCCUUCAGAUGAUCAUGUUUAUCCUGGUAGUGAACUCGAUGAUUCUAGUGAUGCUGACAGUUUAAGUGGCAGUAGUGGUUACCUGAGCAACCACCAAGAUGAAGGAGAUGAAUGUGGAGGUCUGACUGAAUUCGAGUCCAUUUCAUCUGUCAAUUAUUCUUUCAGUAAUUUCUCAUUUAAGAAUCUGUCCCAGCUCGCAUCUAUUAACUAUGACCUGCUUUCUAAAGGUUGGAAGGAUGAUCAUCCGGCAAAUAAUUCGAAUGCAUAGGAAGCUGCUCCUCUUUGUGAGAGCUUCGUUUUAUUUUUUAUUUUUUACAUUAGAUCGCCGUGGUAUUAUUUAACGAGCCUCAUCACCCGAGCUGUCUGUAUACCCUGUACAUAGAUAGAAGAAAACUUGGGAUUGUAACCUUUUCAGAAUUUUGCUGUUUUCGUAGGUAAGCAACUUUAUACUGGGAUUUCAGUUUUACCAUGCACCUGCUUUGACUCUGAUAACCAUGAUGAACCCUAAUUUAGUGAACCCUAACUUACACGCCCGCAGUUUCGGUGAUGUAAAAUGUGAUUUUCUCCAUAGUCUUCAGGGUAAUGAAAACACAUCCCUCUAUGUUCAGUCCAAAAGUUGUCUGUCAUUGGUGGUUGUAAGAAUCAUCCAAUGCUUCUUGAGAAGUAGUAAUUUUUGCCUUGCAAGGUAGAAAAUGUCAGCUCUAAGUCUAUGUGUUAUAUAUUGAUGGCCUUAUACUUGUGUGAAUCAUUAAAUAUGUUUUAAGUUUAUAUAAAUAUAAAAUAUCUUAAAUA